AUGCAAAAAGUUACCAUCAUCAGACUUGCCCCCAAUGAGAUCCAGGUCAUCAUUGAUAACCUGGCCCAGCAUGUCGUCAACGCCUUGGUUGGUUGGCAGCUUGGCGACGUGGAUGACCAGGUUCCCGCUGGCGCUACGUAUUCUACUACGCAACGUAAUCAUCAGGGUCCUUCUCAGAGCAUCAGUGUCAAUGCCUAUCUUGCCGAUUAA